GCGGCUUGAAGAGGGAAGACCGGCGUCCUUUUGUGGUAAGCAACAAAGCUCCCAUGGGAUCUUGGUAUCAGGUUCCCUAGGAGAUGCCCUAGACCCGUUCCACUGGAGUUGGUUGAUCCGCCCGAGCCCCGCGUCCGGCCGACUUCUCCCUUGAUUCCACUUUUAUUAAGAGGAGAGGAGGCGGCACUUCUUCCUUCUGAGCAAGAGAAGGAGAAGCUGAAGAAGAAGAAAGAAGGAAGGAAGGAUGGGCGAGAUAGCGAAGAAGGGAUGGGAACAGUACAUGAGGCAGCUCCAACUCCACCCUUUGCGGACCAAGGCCAUCACUGCCGGGGUAUUGGCAGGGGUCAGCGAUUCCGUGGCGCAGAAGCUCUCGGGCAUUCAGAGGCUUCAAUUGAGACGGCUUCUUGUUAAAGUGCUCUUUGGAUUCGCCUAUGGUGGACCAUUUGGGCACUUCCUGCAUAAGCUGUUGGAUAUCAUUUUCAAGGGGAAGAAAGACAAUAAGACUGUAGCCAAGAAGGUCCUGUUGGAGCAGCUGACAUCUUCUCCAUGGAACAAUUUCCUGUUCCUGCUAUAUUAUGGAUUAAUUGUUGAGCGGAGACCUUGGGUGCAGGUUAAGAAUAAAGUUAAGAAGGAUUAUCCGUCAGUGCAGAUGACUUCAUGGAUGUUCUGGCCCAUAGUAGGAUGGAUAAAUCAUCAAUAUAUGCCGCUCCAAUUUCGUGUUGUAUUUCAUAGCUUUGUUGCCUGUUGCUGGGGAAUAUUUUUAAACCUUAGAGCCAGAACUAUGGCCUUGAGUAAGUGAUGGACAAAUUUCUGGCUCGGGGAGCUGUGCUUGAGUCAUUUUCAAAGACCCGAUGGUGCCGAUCUAUUUGGUGUUAUUCAGUGUAUAAUUGUUGUUUUAUGGCAUUUUCAUGAAAUGAAACAUAUCUGUGGUUGUUAGAUUUAUCUUUUAUAAAAUUGGGUAUCCUUCUAUACCCCUUGGCUCUUAA